AUGCCUCCGUUUGCCUGGAACCGCAGCACAAAAUACUGGUACGAAUCCCCCAUCUCUCGCGCUUACCGACUGCGAGACAUGCCGAGACACGAUCUCGUCGGAACCAGAUGCGAAUAUUCCAGUGAGCAGCAGCCUAGUUGGCGAAAUUAUCUUCGGAUUUCCGAAAUCCCAUGGUUGGAGCACCAUCAGGUCCAGUCAUCAAUCCUGUACCCGUUUGCGGGUAUGAUCGUUAUGGCAGUUGAGGCCUCGCGCCAAGUGGCUGAUAAGACGAAGGAGAUUGAAGGCUUCCAAUUGCGAGACAUAUCGGCCGGUGCGGCCAUGAUCAUUCCAGCUGACGAGGCCGUCGAGUCGAAGAUUCAACUUCACCCAUGGCGUGCCGGCUCAAGACUUCCUGACUGGACAUGGAACGAGUUCACCAUUUCUUGCCGAGAUCGUCAAGGUGCUUGGACACAGCAUUGUUCAGGCUUGAUCCAAGUCAAGUAUAAGACAACGCUAAACCCUAUUUUCACAGAUGAAGACGCCGCCAGAGCCAGCAAGUUCCGUGAGGAAUAUCAGCGAAUCACAGAUGCUGGACUGGACAUUGAGGAUCCAGCUGAUGUGUACGCUUCGCUCGCUGAGCUCGGCUUGCAAUGGGGCCCAUCGUUCAAGUCACUGGUCCACAUCGGUUCAGGACAUUACCAGGCACAAUGCGCUAUCGAAGUCCCAGACACAAAGUUCUUUAUGCCUGAGAACUUUGAGCAUAACCACAUCAUUCACCCUGCAACGCUCGAUGGUAUCGUGCAAAUGAUUGUGCCCGCUUGCUCACCUCGGGGAGCACUUGUUGACAGAGCCAAGAUCCCUCGCUUCGUUGAGAGCGUCUACAUCUCAAGCAAAGUGGCAAGCAAGAAGCCUGGCGAUAAGCUUUACGGCUACUCCCGCUCUACGGCACACGGUUUCCAGGAGUCCGUUGGAACCAUUGUCGCUUCCGAUGGAAACUGGGAAGAGCCUCUCGUUAUCUUCGAAGGGUGCAGAGUCAUCACUCUCGAGACUAUGACAGAGGGCAUUGCGUCGGCUUCUGCUUCAACAAAGUCGAUCAAGAAGCUGGGAGCUUGUACUCACUGGGGCCCAGAUAUUGAGGAGCUCACCGCCGAUGGUCUCAAGGCAUUCUUAUCACCCUUUGCACAAAUAUAUCCUGAUCCAGAAUACGAAACAAUCUACGACCUCGAGUUGGGUUGUCUCAUUAUCUGCAAGAGGGUCCUUCGGAAGUUUACCGCAGAGGAUUCGAAGACGUUCGCACCGCAUCAUCGUCUGUUCUACGAAUACAUGCAGCACCAAUAUGACCUUGCUGUCGAGGGCAAGCUCAACUGCCAGAACUCCCCCACCAAGAAUAUCGACUGGCUCAACACAACCGAUGAAUUUGAUUCGGCCUUGCUCGAGAAGGUUUCCAAUGAGUCUGUCGACGGAAAGAUGCUGGUCCGCGUCGCCCAUGCGAUGAAUGAGAUCCUUGGUGGCAAACUUGAACCUCUCCAGGUUCUCCGCGAAGACGAUUUGCUUACUUCAUAUUACCGGAACAUCAUUGGUAUUGAAAAGGUUAACCCAGUCCUUGAAGAAAACGUGAGACAAAUCUCUCAUAAGAGGCCACUCCGAGUCUUAGAGGUUGGCGCAGGUACCGGAGCAACCACAAAGCUAGUUCUGACGACACUUGGAAAACGCGACGAUGCCGCUGCCAGGCUGAAGUUGUACACAUUUACCGAUAUUAGCAGCGGAUACUUUGAGCCUGCUGCCAAAGACUUCAAUGAAUAUGCAGAAUUCUUGGAAUACAAGAUCCUCAACAUCGGGAAGGAUCCCGCUGAACAAGGAUUCCCAGUCGGCCAGUAUGACAUUGUCAUUGCAAACAACGUCAUCCAUGCUUGUUCGUCGAUCGACAGGUGUUUGGCGCACUGUCGUAGCAUGCUCAGGCCCGGCGGAGUUUUGCUAUUGGGAGAGCUCACUACAACGAUGGCUCGUGUUCCGAUGAUUUUUGGAACACUUCCCGGAUGGUGGCUUGGUGAGAACGAUAACCGAAAAUGGGGACCACGGCUUUCGGAGAGCGAAUGGGACAUUCACCUCCGUCAGCAAGGAUUCGAUGGACUCCAUGUGUCCUUCCGAGACGAUAGUAGAGAGGACGUUUACCAGUCGUCUCUCAUUUUCUCCGUGGCCGUGGAGACCUCAUCUCCUCCAUUACCCAAGAACGCCGUCGUCGUCAAGCCACCCGUCGCAGACCCUGUCGUCGAUUCGAUGGCAUCGAAGUUGUCGAAGUUCUUGAACAAAGAGGGCGUACAAGUCGAAGUGAUUUCGCUGCAAGAUGCUAAGGCUACUAAUUUCAGUGGUAAGGCAUGCAUUGUCGCAAUAGAGUCGAACAAACCUCUACUUCAUGAAAUCAAGAGUGAGGACUGGGACUCUGCCAAGAAGGCAGUUCUUGGAUCAAGAAGCACGCUGUGGCUUACUAACGGCGGUACCAUGGAAUGCGCGACUCCCGAGUCCAGUCUUAUCGUUGGACUUUCCAGAACCAUUCGAGGAGAAAAUCCUGGCCUUCAAUUUACAACAUUGGAUCUUGAUCCCGAGGAAUCAAUCGAUUCAGACUCCACUUGCGCAACUAUUAGCCAGAUCUUCAAGUCCAAGGCUGAUCCAUCAAACGCCGAGUGGGAGUAUGCUCUACGCAGUGGGCUACUCAAUGUGCCCCGCCUUUACCCCGAUCAAGAGGUGAGUAGCCUCUUCGAAACUGGCACAAAGGAUCCCCCCGCAGUGAAGCUGCCUUUCAACCAGCCAGGCCGCGCUCUUGCGCUCGAGAUCAAGGUACCUGGAAUACUAGAUACGUUCCAGUUUACGGACUGUGACGAAUAUCCGCUGCCGCUUGGCGAUCUAGAGGUCGAAAUUAAAGUCAAGGCUGUGGGUAUGAACUUUCACGACGUCAUGAUUGCCAUGGGUCAAAUUCAGGAUACCAAUCUGGGUGUCGAGUGUAGCGGUGUUGUCACUCGCGUUGGGAAAUCCGUCACCAAAUGGAAGGAGGGCGACAGGGUCAUGACGUUCCGUCUGGGAACAUACCGUACGUAUAUCCGUAACCCGGAGGAGAUGCUCCAGAGAAUUCCCGACGGAGCCAUUAUUAUCUCUCAGUACAUUGGUGCCGAGAUUUUUGUCACUGUCUCAACUGAGUUUAAGAAGCGUUUCUUGAUGGAGACGUAUGGCAUUCGUGAGGAUCACAUCUUCAACAGCAGAGACCAUAGCUUUGCUGCUGGUAUUAAGCGUAUGACCAACGGUAAGGGUGUUGACGUCGUCUUAAACUCUCUUGCUGGGGAGGGACUUCGCCAGAGUUGGCUAUGUGUGGCGCCCUUUGGCAGAUUUAUUGAGCUAGGCAAGCGAGAUAUUACUGGUAACACGGGGUUGGACAUGACGCCUUUCCUGCACAACAUCAGUUUCUCCGGUGUGAACAUGCUAUCUGUGUACAGAGAGAACGUUCCGCUGCUCAGCAGAAUCUUGGAAGACGUGAUGAAGUAUUGGGCUAUGGGUGUCAUAAAGCUCGUCACACCCCUUAAAGUGAUGAACUUCUCGCAGAUCGAAGAGGCCUUCCGUAUUAUGCAAACCGGAAAGCAUAUCGGAAAGAUGGUGUUAGCCGCUAAUGACGACGACAUCGUUCCAAUCGUCCCCCCUAAAAAGAAGAAGUUCACUCUGUCUUCGAAUGCAACCUACAUCAUCCCUGGUGGUCUUGGUGGUCUCGCGCGGUCACUUGCGAUGUGGAUGGCCUCAAAGGGUGCCCGCUACCACGCCUUUACCUCUCGUUCAGGCGCAAGCAAACCAGAGGCAAAGGCACUUCUUGGCGAACUGGCGAAUAUUAACGUUCAGAGCAAGGCUUUCGCAAGCGAUAUCAGCAAUGCAGUUGAGUUUAGCCGAGUGCUUCAAGAGAUCAAGUCCGCCAACUUCCCAUCGAUUCGCGGAGUCAUUACAUUUGCUAUGCAGUUGCGGGAUGUCUUCUUUGAAAACAUGACUGUUGAAGAUUUUCAUGCCGCAGUCCGACCCAAGGUUCAGGUUACGAGAAACUUACACGAGCAGUUGCCCAAAGACCUUGACUUCUUCAUUUGUAUGUCAUCUGUCGGAGGUAUCGUGGGAUCUAGAGGACAAGGCAACUACAAUGCUGGGAACACAUAUCAAGAUGCCAUCGCUCGCCAUCGUUGUACCCUUGGUCUUAAAGGAACAAGUAUUGAUCUUGGUCUCGUACUGGGCGUCGGUUGGGCUGCCGUUCACGGUGAAGCACUGGGUUAUCUCAAUUCCGGUGCAAUGGCAGGUCUGAAGGAAGCUGAGGCGUUGGAUGCUAUAGAGGCAGGCAUGGCUGGUCUGCUUCCGGCAGCUGAAAACACAGUCGGUCUGACUACAGGAGGCAUGCUUAAGCAGGGUGGCUAUGAGGAACUGUAUUGGCACAGCGAGCGCCGCUUUGGCCUAGUCAGCGUCUACGACACGCAAGAUAACGGCACUGCUAGUUCCGUUGCUGUUUGUGUGGCAUUAAUGCGGAAGUUGGCAAAGGCCAUGAUGAUGGACGAAGCAGAUCUCGAUUCUGGUUGCCCUGCAAACGCUUAUGGCGUGGACAGUCUUGUGGCUAUAGAGAUCCGAGCUUGGGUGUUCAAGACAGUCAAGAGCGAUAUCUCUGUGUUUGACAUUUUGAGCAAUGCUCCGCUUGCUACGCUUGCCGGACUUAUUGCUGCUAAGUCUUCAUAUGUGUCCGCUACCAUUCGCGGUGAAGGGGCCUCCUUGGAGAAGUAA